AUGCGGAUUCACUCGGUAGUGGAAGUACAUGAUCCAUACUUUCAACAAAAAAGAAAUGCUCGUGGUACGGAGUAUCUACGAAAGCCAAACUCGGAUGACAUUGUAAAAUUGCUUCAAGUCGGUGAAGCUCGUGGCUUUCCAAGAAUGUUGGGUAGUAUCGAUUGCAUGCAUUGGAGGUGUAAAAAUUGUCCAACUACUUGGAAAGGUAUGUUUACAGGUCACUGUCAUGAACCUACACUUAUCUUAAAAGUUGUAGUAUCUUAUAAUUUAUGGAUUUGGCAUGCAUUCUUUGGGUUACCGGGAUCACAUAAUGAUAUCAAUGUGCUAGAACGAUCACAUGUGUUUUCUGAAAUAACAAGAGGCAAGGGCCCUUCAGUUAACUAUUCGAUUAAUGGUCACGACUACAAUCUGGGUUAUUAUUUAGCUGAUGGGAUCUAUCCUCCAUGGGCAACAUUUGUCAAAGCAAUUACAUUACCAAUGAAUCGUAAGACCAAAUAUUUCACUACUGCUCAAGAAUCUUUUAGAAAGGACGUUGAACGUGCUUUUGGUGUGCUACAAGCCAGAUUUGCAAUUGUCCGUGGUCCUGCACGGUUUUAUGACUGUGCCACACUCAAGAAGAUCAUGUUGGCAUGUAUUAUCAUGCACAAUAUGAUUGUCGAGGAUGAGCGGGAACUUCACCCACAGCCGGAUAUCUGUUAA